GGUCUCAGUUUCCUUAUCUGUGUGGUGGGGAGAUUCCCUCUGCGUCCCAGGGGUGGGACGUUUAGAACCCUCUUUCUUCCUCCAUUGCCCAUCGUCGCUGUGUCCCUGCCUGCUCUGGAGCUCUCACCAUCUCUCUCUACCCCUUCUCCCUCUCCAGUGGACUGUGACCAGGAACCCCUGGACCCCGUGUACCUGCCGGCAGCCCUGGAGCUCCUGGAUGCCCCUGAGCACUUCCGUGUGCAGCAGAUGGGCCGAUACCCACCUGCCAACUCCUCUCUGGGCUCCAGGUCUGAGACCUUUCUGCUCCUACAGCCCUGGCCCAGGGCUCAGCCACUUCUUCGGGCCUCCUACCCACCCUUUGCCACUCAGCAGGUUGUCCCUCCUCGGGUCACUGAGCCCCACCGAAGGCCGGUCCCGUGGGACGUGCGGGCCGUGUCAGUGGAAGUGGCGGUGACUCCAGCAGAGCCCCACGCCCGAGUUCUCUUCCACCUCAAAGGGCAGGACUGGCCUCCGGGCCCUGGCAGCCUGCCUUGUGCCCGGCUCCAUGCCACACACCCCGCAGGCACAGCUCACCGAGCAUGCCGCUUCCAGCCAUCCCUGGGCGCCUGCGUAGUCGAACUGGAGUUCCCCUCCCACUGGUUCUCCCCGGGCUCCACCACACGGGCUGAGCUCGCUUACACGCUGGAGCCCACCGCCGAGGGCCCUGGGGGCUGUGGCCCUGGUGGGGACGAGGACCCUGGAGAACAGGCCCUGCCAGUGGGCAGUGUGGAGCUGCGCCCGGCAGACCCCCCGCAAUACCAAGAGGUGCCAUUGGAUGAGGUAGUGACUCUGCGGGUGCCUGAUGUGCCUGUGCGGCCUGGCCAGCUCUUCAGUGCCACCCUCCUGCUUCGCCACAACUUCACAGCCAGUGUCCUGACCCUGCGGAUCAAGGUGAAGAAGGGGCUGCAUGUGACUGCUGCCCGCCCAGCCCAGCCCACCCUCUGGACUUCCAAGCUUGACCGCUUCAAGGGCUCCAAGCACCACACCACCCUCAUCACUUGCCACCGAGCUGGGCCCACAGGGCCAGACUCCAGCAACCUCCUCGAACUGUCCGAGUUCCUAUGGGUGGACUUUUUGGUGGACAAUGGCACUAGUGGAGGUGUGGCAGUCACUCGCCCUGUCACAUGGCAGCUGGAGUAUCCAGGCCAGGCCCCCGAAGCAGAGAAAGACAAAGUGGUGUGGGAGAUCCUGGUAUCGGAGCGGGACAUAAGAGCCCUUGUCCCACUGGCCAAGGCCGAGGAGGUGGUGAACACAGCACCACUGACUGGAGUGCCGCGACGUGUCCCUGUGCGCCUUGUCACCGUGGACAGUGGGGGGGCUCUGGUGGAGGUGACAGAACACAUUGGCUGUGAGUCUGCCAAUGCCCAGGUCCUGCAGGUGUCGGAGGCCUGUGACGCUGUGUUUGUGGCCGGCAAGGAGAGCCGGGGUGCUCUAGGCGUGCGGGUGGACUUCUGGUGGCGCCGGCUGCGGGCCUCGCUGCGGCUGACUGUGUGGGCCCCAUUGCUGCCCCUGCGCAUUGAGCUGACUGACACCACCCUGGAACAGGUCCGAGGCUGGAGGGUACCCGGCCCAGCUGAAGGGUGAGCCCGGGGCUGCCGCCUGCAGUACCAGCGAGCCGGGGUGCGCUUCCUGGUCCCCUUUGCGGCCCACCCGCUGGACGGCGGCCGCCGCCUCACCCACCUGCUAGGCCCCGACUGGCUGCUGGACGUGUCCCACCUGGUGGCGCCCCACGCGCGCGUGCAGGACCCCCGCGUAGCGUCGCUGGAGGGAGGCCGAGUCCUGGUGGGCCGGGAGCCCGGUGUCACCUCUAUCGAGGUGCGGUCCCCAUUGUCUGACUCCAUCCUGGGGGAGCAGGCGCUGGCUGUGACGGAUGACAAGGUCUCCGUCCUGGAGCUUCGGGUGCAGCCAGUGAUGGGCAUAUCACUGGCCCUGAGCCGGGGCACUGCCCACCCUGGGGAGGUCACAGCCACAUGCUGGGCACAAUCAGCCCUUCCCGCCCCAAAGCAGGAGGUGGCCCUCUCCCUGUGGCUGUCCUUCUCUGACCACACCCUGGCCCCCACCGAGCUCUACAACCGCCAUGACCUGGGACUCUCCGUCUCCGCCGAGGAGCCUAGCGCCGUCCUGCCAUCGGAGGAGCGGGGUGCCCAGCUUGGGGUGGUGGUGAGUGGGGUGGGCACCGAGGGGCUGCCUCUGCACGUGUCUCUGCACCCGCCUGAGCCCUGCCGCCGGGGCCGCCACCGUGUGCCCCUGGCCUCUGGCACCACCUGGCUCGGGCCGCCUCCUGCUCCCACUCCAGCCCCUGCCCUCCCAUCUAGCCCUGCCUGGGGCUCACCAGCCACAGAGGCCAGUAUGGGUGGCGAAGGGCAGGCAGCAGGCAGUGUCGGGAGCAGUGGGGACGUGAGGGGCAAGUUUGAGCGGGCAGGAGAGGAACCUGGGAAGCAGGAGGCAGAGGCUGGGGAGGAGGAGGGGGAGGAGGAGGAGGAGAUGGUUCCUGCGCCUCAGCGGGUCACCGACCUGGAGCUAGGCAUGUACGCCCUGCUGGGCAUCUUCUGUCUCGCCAUCCUCAUCUUCCUGGUCAAUGGCGUGGUCUUCGUGCUGCGCUACCAGCGCAAGGAGCCUCCCGACAGCGCCACUGACCCUGCCUCCCCCCAGCCCCACAACUGGGUCUGGCUGGGCACUGACCAGGAGGAACUGAGCCGCCAGCUAGACCGCCAGUCCCCUGGCCCACCCAAGGGGGAGAGGGGCUGCCCCUGUGAGAGUGGGGGAGGGGAGCCCCUAACCCUGGCCCCGGCUCCUACUGGGGGCACCACCAGCUCUUCCAGCACCCUGGCCAGGAAAGAAGCUGGGGGGCGGCGGAAGCGUGUAGAGUUUGUGACGUUUGCGCCAGCCCCCCCAGUCCCCCCAGCCCAGCUGCCAGAGGAGCUCGCGGGGGCCCCUGCCGUGCAGUCCAUCCUGGUGGCUGGUGAGGAGGACAUCCGCUGGGUGUGUGAGGACAUGGGGCUGAAGGACCCUGAGGAGCUUCGCAGCUACAUGGAAAGGAUCCGGGGCAGCUCCUGACCCCUCCCCAGCCUGCCUGGCCCAGGCUUGCCAGCCGGGCAGCCUCCUACUUAUCCUCUGGUGCUUACUGAUCCAUGUCCCCGGCCUGGUCCCUCAAAUGGACUCCCACCCAGGCCCCUCUGCUCUGCUCCUUGUCAUGGACCAUGGUCAUGAGGAAAGGCUCAUGCCUCUUAUUUAUGGGAAUCAUUUCAUCCUAAUGUUGGGUACAGAAUAAAUGGAGAAGGAAACCCCA